GGUGCUUCUUUUCCGACGCAACACCUCAUCCGUACUGAAACAAAAACAGAGGAGGAGGGGCGGAGUCACGCCAGAGGAGGAGGGGCGGAGUCACGCCGGAGCCAAAAUGGCAACGACAGGAUGCCGGUUUCACACUUCGCACUGAUUCUUCUGAACAGCUAACUUUAGCUAACUAGCUUGUUCAGCGACAACGCGGAACCACCACAGACUCAGGGAGAGUCGGACAUGGCAGAGCAGGAGCCAGCCGAAGCAGUGCAGGAUCUGGACAAGAAAGUCGAGGAGAUCAGGCUGAGAUUCAAGAAUGAGUUACUUCAAGGUAACAAUWCAACUGAAAAGUAUGACCCCAGGGAUGUGGAAAGGCUGCAGAAUGACAACGCUUUGGUAGAGGGAUACCUGGCAUGGAGGCUUUAUGUKGUCGAUGAUGCCUUGAAAAUGAUCGAUGAGAGUUUCCUAUGGAGAAAGGAAUUUGGUGUAAAUGACCUUACUGAGAGCACCAUUCCCAAGUGGAUGUUUGAGUCCGGUGCUGUCUACCUCCAUGGCUACGACAAAGAGGGCAACAAACUCUUCUGGUUCAGGGUGAAGCUGCACGUCAAAGAUGCUAAAACCAUCCUGGACAAGAAGAAGUAUGUCGCCUUCUGGUUGGAACGGUAUGCCAAGAAAGAACCUGGGAUGCCACUCACCGUUGUGUUUGAYAUGUCUGAGUCCGGCAUUAGCAAUAUAGACAUGGAAUUUGUAAAGUACAUCAUCAACUGCUUUAAAGUGUACUAUCCCAAGUUUUUAUCCAAAAUGGUCAUAGUGGAUAUGCCUUGGAUCAUGAAUGCUGCAUGGAAAAUUGUGAGGACGUGGUUAGGCCCAGAGGCARUCAGCAAGCUGAGGUUUGCUUCCCGAGCUGAGGUCCAGACGUUCAUUGAUUUAGAAUACCUGCCUCCUCACAUGGGCGGAACGGACACCUUCAUGUACAACUACCCACCUCUACCUGAUGAUGACUUCCAGACGCCCAUCAAUGAAAACGGAGCUAUCGUCAUCGACGAUGAUGCCGACAGCAAACUGGGUGAAAUAGAAAGCACCUCUGACAUUGUGCCAAAGCCCAAAAAGGUGAAUUUCCUGGAAGACAGUUUGAGGUCGGAGGACAGCGAUAGGGGAGAUGUAAGCGUUCGGGUCAAAGGAGCCAGAAGGCCGCUGACCACCUUCAAAGGUCUUCUGCUCGAUGUUAGCCCUGCAGAAGAGCUGAGCUUUGGUUCUGGAGACAAUGAGAGGAAAUGCCUCAUUAUCUUGAGCAACGUGACCAAAAAUCAGGUGGCCUUUAAGGUCCGGACCACAGCACCUGAGAAGUACAGGGUGAAGCCCAGCAGCAGCAGCUGUGAACCGGGAGCUUCAGUAGACAUAGUCGUGUCUUUACAUGGAGGUUCCCAGGCCUCUCCGCAAGACAGAUUUCUGAUCAUGGCCGCAGAAAUGGAAAACGUUGGAUCACAAGAUCUGGCACAGUUCUGGAAAGAAGUACCGAAAGCAAAAAUCAUGGAACACAGAUUACGUUGUCAUGCUCUGGAUAGUGUUAAACCAGCAGUGGACGCUCUCAGGGACAGUCCAGUGGACACCUUUAAUGGUGGACAGCAGGAGGUCAGCACAGCACUCAUGCGAUUGAUGAACUGCAACUCCCGUCUGGAGCAGAAGGUGAACUCGUGUUUGUGGCUGCAGAAGGUCCUGGUCGUGUCGGUGCUGAUCCUCAUGGCACUCAACCUGCUGUGCCUCUACCUGCUGGGCACAACGAGCCAGCGUCCAUCCUGACCCGCCGCCGCAUCCUCUGCCUGCGUCUGUCAGCCUCCGACGUGCUGACGCUUCCAGCUGGGGCUGCGGUUGUCCACCCGAAGAGACGGCGGCGCUGCCCUCCCCACCCACCCAUCCCUCCCCCAGGCUGAUGUCUCGGAGAGGAGGAGAGCUGACUUUUUAAGGACACGUGAGCCGAUGUGGAGCUCGUACCUGAAGAGAGAUGAGGCUUUUUCCUCUUCUCACCAUUCCGCAGUUAAUCUAACAGACAAUUGUAGCAGUGAUGGUCAUGAAAAUGUAUUUAAAUAAUGCAACAAUCACAGUUUGUGCAGUGAAAAUAUUAGUCAUUUUAAACUUGAUGUUUACUUUUUAUAUUAUAAAUCUACAAAAAAUGUAUUUAAACCUACAAAACAUGAAAUAAACAUCUUUUGUCAAA